AUGUUUGAGAUUUCAAAAAAUUCCUUUGAGGUGAAAACUGAUUUAACGUUUCCAUUUAUUGAAGAAAAAGUUGGAAUGACGAAGAAACGUGGCACUCUAUCAGGGGAUCUUGGGAUGUUAGCUUUUCAUACCAUUACCAAGAAAAAAGUUUCUCGAACCGUGAAUGUAAAUGUAGGUCAAGAUCACUGCCUUUGA